GCCAUGUUGAAAGAGGUGUAAACAAACAUGUUUACUGCGUCAUUUUUAAAUCGCCCAAAUUAUGAAAUUCACCAACGGAUAACCAUUAAACGCUUACAGAAUAUUUAAACAUGCCUGUCACGUGUGCUGCUGAGAAUUGCUCAAACAUCUACCAGAGAGGGAAUAAUAUAACUUUUCAUUGUUUUCCCAAAAAUAAAAUGUUGCGAGAGAAAUGGGUGAAAGCAACUCAGAGAAAGGACUGGAAGCCGACCCAGUACAGCAAGCUCUGUUCUGAUCACUUUCUGUUGUCAGAUUUCAGGUUAUUCACUAAUCGGAGAGAGCUGAUGUGCUCUGCAGUCCCUAGUAUCUUCAGUCAUACGAGACCUGAUCAGAGAAGCACCUCAAGUAGGCACAAGCAAAGUGGAGAGCCUCUUCAGAUGAAAGAACCCACUGUGUUACUGAAGAACACUGACAGUGAUUGUUCUACUGUUAGAAAACAGAUUUUGGUGAAAGAAAAGAGGAAAAGAAGAAUCAGAAGAAAGAGAGAAAGGUGGGACCCUGGGAAAGAUGAAAAAUGUGAG